AUGAACAGUUAUCCAAUGAACCAUUCUUUCAAAAGCCCAGACUCACCGGAAGAGUACUAUGAAAGCCAGGAGGUUUCCAAUCCUAAUGGGCUUUUUCAACCAGAGCUAUUACCUUUAUUUCAAGACACCUUUGAAUCCGAAUUAACUCCCUCUACUUUUUCUUCGCAUCGCGAUUCGGUUCAUCAUCUAGCCCCCGAAGUACCUGUUUCGCCCAAAGCACAUUCAAGCAACUAUUCUACUACUCAGGGAAUGCCUCCAACAGAUUUAAGUGUUCCAUUUUUUAGCUUUACACAAUCAAAUGCUGAUGCUUUUUUGGAAGGUUCUAGCUCUGAUCCAUAUAUGUCUAACUCUGAAGUACAUUCUUCUCCAUUUUCUCAAUUUCGGAUGGCUCAUAAUAUAGAGCCUUCUGGUAAUGUAGACUCGUCACGAUCUCCAGAGCUUUUAGCUCCUCUCCCUUCAAAAUCCUCGCAUGGUAACGUGUAUGAAUUCAAUACUAGCUUGCCAAUUGGGGAGAUCGACUCGUCUCAGUUUCUUUCUGUCCAAAGCAAUCGGAGUGAUUACUCUGCUUCUCCAAUAUCUUCACCUCGCUCACCAUCACCCUUUUACACACCUGCAUCUUCGUUUUCAGUCCCUAGUUCACCUUAUUUACGUUCUCCAAAUACCCUGUUUGAUGAUGAGAAUAAUCUCAAUUAUGUUGACGUUAUUUCUCAGACCUCUGCCAUUGAGGAUGAUCUUGAAUUACCAGAGCAGCAAGACUUUUCCAAUUUUGAUAUUUAUGAAAAUGAGUACGUUACAGAAAAUUUGAAUAUCGAUCCUGCGGAAGAUAUGCAACCCGAUACAUCAUCCACAUUUUUGAGCAACACAGCGGGUGUAGGAUUUGCUCCAGCAGAACCGCACGCCGAAGCUGUUAGUCAAACCAUAUCUCAGCCUUCUGAUGUAUUAUCAAAUCUUUCAACACCAUCAUUUGUUCAUGAAACAUCUGCAGAACCUUCUAAUCAAUCUCCUGCCGAAGAAGAAGGGAUUAGACAAAAUCAAGCAGCGCUUAAUCGAAAUUCGAUAACCAACAGUUUAACCCCGUUUCCCGUCGUUCCUGCUAUCGUUCAGUCUGCUGAUUACGAACACUCUGAAAACAAUGGUAGCCCUCAGAAUAUUUCCAUUCCCAAUUUAGGUUUUCCUCAGGAAAGCCAUUCUGUCACCGAAGGAAAAACUUCAACAAUAAAAAAGGAGGUUGAAGAAGAGCCUUCUUUUCUAGCUCCAAAAAUAAAUGUCGUGCCCUCGUCUCCGGCAAAAUCUGUUGAGGAUUUCGACCUAGACCACAAUUCUUUUUUGGCACAUCGUGAAAGGUUGAGUGGUGCACCAAACUAUCCUUCAAUGCUUAAUGCCAGUGAAAGUCCCACUUCAUCAGCUGAUGUAGUUUCAGGAGACGUGCGACGAAGUCGUUCUAAUAGCGCAGGCCCACGGUUGGAUGUUUACAAUGUUGGUCCGCAAUUGCUGAAAAAACAUCAAAGGGACUUUAGUGAUUACGAAGGUUAUCAUGUGAAUAAUUAUGAGAAUAAUGACGGUAACCCUACUAAUUCAAUGGAGCAUUUGUCAAUAAAUACAACUCGUCCUCGGAGUCGAUCAUUAAAUAUAACUGGCUCUGAAAUCUCAGUAGCUAACGAUUCGGUAGGGAAAAAGAAUAUGACAAAGUCUGAAAGUAAUUUUGUUUGUUCUUUUCCUAAUUGCGGAAAAAGGUUUACUCGUGCUUACAACCUGAAAAGUCAUAUGAACACUCAUACGAAUUAUCGUCCUUUCCAAUGUUCGAUUUGCGGAAAAUCAUUUGCAAGACAACAUGAUAAGCGGCGGCAUGAGCAACUGCACAGCGGUAUAAAAGCUUUUGCAUGUCCUACUUGUCACCAGCGGUUUGCGAGAAUGGAUGCCUUAAAUCGACACUAUAAAAGUGAAAUUGGUCAAAAGUGUUUAAGGAUUGCUGCGGAUAGAGGUAUAAACGUUCCGCCUGCUCGAAGGAGUAGUACGCAAACAAAUGAUCAAGCUUUAGACGAAGAGUAA